UAACACCGUUUUCUAAUAAAUAGGCGUUGUUUGGAUCGCGUGAUACAGGGAAAUAAAAGGUGCUAAGCGGCUGCUGCUUUCACUCUGUUAGCGCCUGGGUCAUAAAGAAGGGAAGAAAAAUGGAUGUCCACACUGGUUUCAUUGUUUUGAUCUGCUUGAUGGGAUUCACCUGUGCCGUCCCGGUGAAAUUUCUUGACUGCGGUUCCUCUUCUGGUAAAGUGGACAUGGUGGACAUCAACCCUUGUCCUAGUCAGCCAUGCCAGCUACACAAAGGACAGUCCUACAGUGUCAAUGUGACAUUCAGCAGUGCUGUGGAGAGCCAGACGAGCACCGCAGUGGUUCAUGGUGUUAUCGCUGGAGUUCCCGUCCCCUUCCCCAUUCCCAUCGAAGAUGGCUGCAAGUCUGGAAUCAAAUGUCCCAUCCAGAAGCAGCAGAAGUAUAACUAUGUAACCGCACUUCCUGUGAAGACUCAGUAUCCUGCAAUAAAGUUGGUUGUGGAAUGGGAACUGGAAGACGACCACAAAGAAGAUCUGUUCUGCGUCAAGUUCCCAGUUCAGAUUGUGAGUUAAUCUCACAACAGUACUUCUCCACAAGUGUUUGUUUUUUAAAAGGGAUUCAGCUUUGAGUAAAAACCUGAAGAAUGUAAAUGAUUCUAGUUAAGAUCUCAUUUUAUUCAUUCAUCAAAUUGAUUUUUAAGAUGUAUGUCUUCUCUAGUUUGCAAGACUUUGCUGCACUCACACAUCUUAAAUCCCGCUGAUAUAAAUUACCCAAAUGCUGUGACCUUCUAAUAGUUAAUUUUAAGUGAUGCGGAAGUGAAAUGAUGUGUGUGAUCCUGAAUCACAUUCCACUGCAGUGCAAAUGUCUUGUCUUGCUGGCUGCUGUGUAGUCAGAGAAGGUACAUACAGUACUACUUCCUCAAUAAAACUGUUAUAUUUCUUACUGACCUUGUACUACUAGAUGUAUGGAAUUAAAAUUUUGUAAAUUAAUAUGAAAAUAAAUUCUAAUCAAGAAAUCUAA